AUUGGUAAUCCCUCCUUAAAUAGUCUUGCAGGGCAAGUUAGGGCCCUGCAGUUCAACAGUGUGAGAAGAACAGCACGCUUUGACCGGUAUUGCAGUUCCUACCCAGAGGAAAGAAAAAAAGACCAUAUAAGAACUGGAGCUAUUGCUUAACUCAGUAACACAAGCUCAAGAAUGAACUUUGCUGCACAGUUUUUCUUCACAAGCUACGUGGGGGAGAACUCACUAGCACGAAGGGGAUUCAGUGACAGUGAGGACUAUGAUCCCUUCUGGCACAGUGAUGAUUGGCAUUUGGGCAGCAAAAUAAAGAAGUGCUCAUCUAAUGAUGGCAGCGUCACUGAAAAAGACGGCAUCAUCAGCAAUGGAGUCCUUACACGUCGACCCACCCUCAUCUGCCCAGAGCGCCUCCGAGACUUUGGUGCUGAGGAGUACUUGAAUGCAGAAGUUAGACCUUUUAAGACAAAAGUGAUGGAAGCACCUGAGAUGCAAUUGAUGGCACCUCCUAAACCCCCCAUCCAAAGCAUCAAGGACUACAAGCCAGCACACAAACCUCCUGCUGAGUACCUUGGCUUUGAGGACAUCAGUGCAGCAGCAUUAAAUAUGCAACAGUCAGGAAUUCAGAAGACCCCCUGCACAUACUCUAGACUAUCCAAAAUAUAUGGCAUGGAGAUUUAUCUGAAGAAAGAGUACCUCCACUAUACAGGUUCAGUAAAGGAGAGAGGAGUUCUGUAUCUGCUCUCCUCACUAAAACAGGACCAGCAGAAGAAAGGUGUCAUUGUGGCCACAGACUGUAACUUCUCCAUGGCAGUGGCUCAUCAUGCAGUGGGACUGAAAAUCCCAGUCUUUGUUAUAAUGCCUGCAUACACUUCCCCACCACGGCUGCGCAUGUACAGGGACUACGGGGCCAUGGUUAUCUCCUAUGGCAGCACAGCUCAGGACUCACAAAACCAUGCCCGCCAUCUGGCCAAGGAAAAUGGCUACCUCUGCCUAGAGGAGGAUGACAGUGUAGUGUACCUGGCAGGUCUGGGUACAGUAGGCAAGGAGCUCCAUGAGCAAGUGCCAAAGCUGGACGCAGUUAUUGUGCCUGCUGGGGGACAGAGCGGAGUGCUGGUUGGGACUGCAGCUGCCAUCAAACACCUAAACCCACGCAUCUCAGUCAUAGGUGUUGAGCCAGAGGAGUUUCCACUUCUGCUACAGUCCCUCAAAACAGAUUCGCUUGUCAGUGAUUUCUCCCACACCACAAAUAAAAAGCUCUAUAGAGAUUUCAUGCAGCACUCUUUGGGAGCACACACUUUGCAAAUAGCCAAGAAAAUGGUGGAUAAAGUAAUCUCUGUCAGAGAGAAGGACAAUUUGGUGGCAAUGCUGAGGAUGCAGGAGUAUGAACACACUACUGUAGAUACUGAAGGAGCCAUGGGGCUGGCAGCCAUCUUGGCUGGUCAGCUUCCAGACCUAAAGGGUAAAAGAGUAGCAGUGGUAGUUUCCAGUGCUAACAUGGAACUGGAACUGGUGAGGGAGUGUAUAGACAGAGCUCUGGUGCUGGACGACCGUGUGAGCCACUUCAAUGUUCAGCUGGGAGAUGGACCAGGGGACAUGGCUAAACUGCUGAAUAUACUAGCUCGAGAAGACGUCAGGCUGUUGGAUAUUUGCCACAGGAGAUACAGUGAUAGGGUCGACCUGUUCAAAGUACAGGGCUGUGCUGUGUGUUUGAACAGGUGGAGUGUGUUGUGGAGCUGAAGGAUAAGAGUCAGAACUGCCAUCUACGCAGGAUGCUGUCUGAACUCUACCCCACACUGCGUUGGUUGGAUCGGUUGAACUUGUCAUAAUAACUGCUGCUCUGAUCAUGCAUACAUAAACUCACACAUAAACACAUCAUCGAUCACUUUUCCAGACUAAAACACACAUCAAUAGCUCUUAUAGACAAAACUCAAACACAGCUCAGACAUAACAAAGAUGUAAAUGCACACACAUAGCAUAAACAUCACAAACAUCAAUAUUCUCUGAAAUACUGAGUCAGUGUAAUGUGAACUUCUUGCAGAAAUAGUUCCAGUCAUGUUAAUAACAAAUGUAUUAAAGUAGGUGAAUUAAUUAAUCAGAAAGCUUAAAAGGGAGAAGAGGUUUUGUUUAUUUUCCUCAAUGUAGAAUAAAAACAAACAAAUUCACAAUAAGCAAUACUAAGAUGAAAAUUUAUAGGAGGUUUACAUAAAAAAAGUAUGUAAAAACCAUUAUACUAUGUUGUGUGUUGUUCACCAACCAUUAAAAUUAGUUAGAAUUAUAAAGACUCAUUUAUCUGCAAAAAUAUUAAGUGUUUAUAGUAAUAACAGUCAAUGGACACUUCUUUUUUAGAUUUGUGCAGUUAUCUAAUCAGCCAAUUAUGUGGCUGCAAAAAAAAACAAUCACGCAGACACAGGUCAAGAGCUGUAGCUCUAUGUAUAAAAAGUGUGAUUUCUAAUUUUGAUCAUGGCAUCAGUGUUGGUGAUUGAACCUUAAGUGGUUUGAGCUGAUGGGAAGUUUAUAGUAACUGAAAAGAGCAUAAACUUUACACACACACACACACACACACACACACUUCAUGAGAAAAGAGAUAGAAAGAGAACGAAUAUACUAUCUUUUCAUAUCCAACUGUGUAUUUCAUGCUUAUUAAUAAGACUUAUGACUGUAACUCACUCCAUGAUGACCUUUUAAUACUGUGUGAUAUGCAGAGUGAAUGACACACCGCCAACCCGCAUCAGCUGUCAUUAGCUCUUUUAUCCAUCUCUUGAACUGUUAAACACAGUUUGGCUCCAAUCCUAUUGUGUGUGUGUUUGUGUUUGUGUGUGUGUGUGUGUGUGUGUGUGUGUGUGUGGUGUAGCUCUCAGCCACAUCACACAAAUAAAUGGUCCAUGCUAAAAUCUGCAGCAGAGGGAGAUGCGUAUUAAAAUGGAUAGUGGAACGAAAGUGGUGCAGUGAGGACGGCACGCUCUUGAGUAAAGACCGGAGAGAGUGCUUGAAGAGAGGGGUGAUUAGUGCAGUCUAAUCUUUUAAGUCCAUUAGCUAAGGUCAUUCCGUCCCAUAGACCCACAACCAAAUGCGGGAUACAAGACGCCCAAAAAUAGAAAGCCAGACUGUAUACUGUAGACCUGUAGUCUUGUCACAGAUGAAGAUUCCGAGUAAUAGAGCUAUU